AUGCUUCGAGCCGUUUCCAACCACGCCUGUUUGAGACAGGCUCUUUCCAGUACUCGGACUCUGAGAACUGGUCUCCAAAAACAUGUCCAUAAGACCCAGUUUGUGUCUGUGCGACACGUGUCGACCACUAAACCCACUGAGCGGGCGGAGGUCGAGAAGCCCAUUGUUCAGAAUGGCGAGCUUGUGUUCCCCGGAGCUCUGCGAACGUCGUUUGUCAACAACAUGACUUUUGUGGACCCCACGACCCAGGAUUCCAUGCCUACUUACCGAGUAGUAGGGCCCGAUGGCGUGCAGAUUGACAAGUCGUACAAGAUUGAUCUGCCCGUCGACACCAUUCUCAAAAUGUACAAGGACAUGGUGACUGUGAGCAUCAUGGACGCCAUCAUGUUUGACGCACAGAGACAGGGCCGUCUGUCCUUCUACAUGGUUUCCGCGGGAGAGGAAGGUAUGGCUGUGGGCUCAGCAGCCGCCCUCAAGCCUCAGGAUCAUGUCUACUCCCAGUACAGAGAGCAGGGAGCGUACAUGUAUCGAGGAUUCACUCUGGACGACUUCAUGAACCAGCUCUAUGGAAACAAACACGACCAGGGCAAGGGAAGAAACAUGCCGGUGCAUUAUGGCUCCAGAGAGCUCAACAUGCAUACCAUUUCGUCUCCUCUGGCCACCCAGCUGCCUCACGCUGCUGGAACAGCCUACGCUCAGAAGAUGGCUGGCGUCGAUGGAGUCACCCUGUGCUACAUGGGUGAGGGAGCUGCCUCCGAGGGUGAUUUCCAUGCCGCUCUCAACAUUGCUGCUACUCGAAACUGUCCCGUCAUCUACUUCUGUCGAAACAACGGCUAUGCCAUCUCUACUUCUGCCAUUGAACAGUACAAGGGAGACGGUAUUGCGUCCCGGGCUAUUGGUUACGGCAUUGAGACAAUUCGAGUGGACGGAAACGACAUUUUCGCCGUGCAUCGAGCCACCAAGAAGGCCCGAGAAAUCGCUCUCAGAGACCAGAAGCCCGUUCUCAUCGAGGGCAUGUCGUACCGAGUGUCUCAUCACUCCACCUCCGACGACUCGUUUGCAUACCGGUCCCGAGGCGAGGUCGAGAGUUGGCAGCGAAAGGACAACCCAAUUGUCCGUCUCAGAAAGUGGCUGGAGCUCAACAAGCAUUGGAACGAGGAGGAAGAGCAAAAAUUCCGAACCCAGGCCCGAAAGGAUAUCCUCACUGCCUUUUCCAAAGCCGAGAAGGUCAAGAAGCCCGAGAUUGUGAGCGCCUUUACCGAUUGCUGGGAGGAUAUUCCUCCCCAUCUCAAGGAGCAACAACAGGAGCUUGGAGAGAUUCUCGAUACUUAUCCCGAGCAUUUUGACCUGUCUGCUUUUGAGGGUGGACGAGGAGGUCUGCAUGAUAAGUGA